AUAGUUUCAGCAGUAAAAUGGUACAGGAUCAAUCUUACUAUAAAAACGGAUUCAACAAGGCAAUCUCAGAUACACAUGCGUCAAGAACGGUUUCAAACAGCGCUGGUUUUGUGAUUCCUAUUCUUGAGCCCAACCACAAGCUUUUGGAUGUUGGUUGUGGUCCAGGAUCAAUCACCUUGGACUUUGCCAACUAUGUGGAAGGAGGUGAGAUCAUUGGCGUUGAGCCUACGGAGGAAUUGAUCGAUUUAGCCAACGAAAACAAGGCCAAGUUGGCUGCACAGGGAAAAAAGGUUGACAAUGUCAAGUUCCAGAUUGGCUCAAUCUAUCAAUUGCCCUUUGAAGACAACUCUUUUGAUGUAGUGUAUGCUCACCAGGUGGUUAUUCACUUGGAGGAUCCCAUUGCUGGUCUCAAAGAGCUUAAAAGAGUAACCAAACCUAACGGCUUUGUUUGUGUUCGUGAUGCUGACUUGGAGUCAACUACAAUCUUCCCUCAGAAGUACGAAGAUACUUUGCGAUUCUGGUUCACCAGCAAGGCAGCUAAAUCUACGGACACCAGAGCUGGUAGAUCGUUGAAGUCCAAGGCUAUCAAGGCUGGUUAUAUUAGUGAAAACAUCAAGGCGUCAGCUUGGAUCUGGUGUGUUUCGGAUGCAGCUGCAAGAGCUUUCUCAGCGAAAGGAAGCAUCAACAGAAUCCAGAAUUCUGGCGAGAAUCUCAAAGUCGGCGAUGAAGAAACAAACAAAAAGAAGAAACAAGAGAUCAUUCAAGCUUGGACUGAAUUUGCUGAUGAUGAAGAAGGCUACUUCACCAUGCAAGGUGGUGAAAUAGUUUACCAGAAGGAAGCCUAAGAUAAACGAUUGCACACUACAACUAAACGACAAUUACAUUUAUGUUACGAGUACAAUGCUUAAUGAGUACAAUGAUAAACGAUUCCUAAAUUAGAUAUAUAAUCUUUUGCUAUAAUUUUAUUUUAUUUUUGUUG